UUGAUCAAGUAAAGAAGAAAUUGGUUGCAGAAGCGAAUGAUAAAGGACUUCUACCACCAUCACCAAAAAAAAAAAAUGUUCGGCCUCCUUCUAAAUUAAAACAUACAGAUCAUGAAGCAACUAAUGCCUCGCAAGAUUAUGAAAGAAAUUCAGGUGAUUUUUCAGCAUCUAAUACUUGUCCAAAUACAAAAAUUUCGUCUCUAGCAUAUCAAAAUACAACUGUUUCGUCUCCAGCACAUCCAAAUACAACAGUUUCGCCUCUAUCAAAUCCAAAUACAAUUUCGUCUCUAGCAUAUCAAAAUACAACAGUUUCGUUUCCAGCACAUCAAAAUACAAUGGUUUCACCUCCAGAACAUCAAAAUACAACAGAUUCGUCUUCAGCCCAUCCAAAUACAACAGUUUCGUCUCCAACUACUAUCUUGGAAACAAAUAUUUCAGUUAUUUCCGAAACUGCUAUUAAUGCAUCUGAUACUCCUCAAGAUAAAAAAGGAGAUACUUCAUUGCAAAAAACAAAAUCUAGAAAGAGAUCCAAAGAUGAUAAUGGUAAAAUGGCAUAG